GUAGUGCUUUAGGCAACAACCAGAGCUCAGGAGAGAGAAGGGAGAGCAUACCUGUGAUUAUUCCUUCUAAAGCCUGUCAUAUCAGCGUUGAAGUGUUGAAUUAAGCCUUAACUUUUCGCCAAUAUUGGGCCAACGUCUGAAAAAAAACCGUUUACAUUAAUGGCUAAUUACUAAGACGUUUACAGCAAAGCUAGCGUUACUUCUGUAUGGGGUUUUGUUUCCCCCUGUUAGUUACUCGAAAUUAACCGGUAGGCUCCUUAUUCUUCGAAAAGUCUCACAUCCUCCGCCGGGUGGUCUCGUAUGAACCGUGUCGAGGCAGGGACGAGGGGUCGGGGGCUCCGCCAGCAGAGCCGGGCUUCAGGAUGAGGAUGCCCAGAGGAGGACGCCUGUUCCUGGCGACGUGCCUCGGCUCGCUCUUCGUUCUGGUGCUGUACUUUCAGAGCAUCACCAAGCCAGAACCUGGAGUAAAGACGGGCAGCAGACCAGGGAAGAGCAGGAGAAGUCCACUGCAGGCUCUCUACAAUGGAGACGAGCAGCUGGACCUGCUAGCCGCUCAGAGGUCCCUGCAGGGCCGCAGGGAGCUGCUGGAGCAGGCGUGUCUGAGCCACACCAAGAAGCGACAAGUGCUUGCACCAGAAGAUCUCAAACAUCUCAUCGUCGAUGAUAAGCAUAGCCUUAUUUACUGCUAUGUACCAAAGGUGGCGUGCACCAACUGGAAGCGUGUCCUCAUGGUCCUCACCAGUGACGGCCGCUACACAGACCCCCUAUCCAUCCCUGCCAACGAGGCUCACGUGGCAGGUAACCUCCGCACUCUCUCUGAGUUCUCAGUCCCAGAGAUUAACAAACGCCUUCGCAGCUACCUCAAGUUCAUCUUUGUGCGGGAACCCUUUGAGCGCCUGGUGUCCGCCUACAGGAACAAAUUUACCCGUAGCUACAACACUGCCUUCCACAAGCGCUAUGGGACCAAGAUCAUCCGCCGACACAGGGCCGAUCCGGAGCCCGAAGCACUGGAGAAAGGGAAUGAUGUUUCUUUCCGAGAGUUUGUGCAGUACCUCGUGGAUCCCCGAACACAACGAGAGGAACCUUUUAAUGAGCACUGGGAGCGGGUGCACUCCCUCUGCCACCCGUGUCUGAUCCACUACGAUGUGGUGGGGAAGUACGAGACUCUGGAGCAAGACUCUCAGGCUGUGCUCAGGUUGGCUGGAGUUGAGGGGAUGCUUCAGUUUCCAACAUCUGGUAAGAGCACAAGGACUGAUGGAAACAUGGCAGCACGCUUCUUUAAGCACAUCAGUCCUUUCUACCAGAAGAAACUGUUUAAUGUUUAUAAAAUGGACUUCCUGCUCUUUAACUACUCCACACCAGAGUACCUCAGGACUCGAUGAGGAGCAGAGAAAAGACUGGACGGAGUAGUUGUGAUAUUUUCCUUUCACAACCUCUUCAGACCGGUGAUUAUUUUGCACUUUUUGGUUGCCAUGGACUCAUGUACAUCAUUGAUCCCUGCCUUAAACAGCCCACCACCAGCCUCUGUCACUGAUUCUCCAACUAAACUGACUGUUGAGAAUGACUUGGUUAUGGUGAAUGGAACUUUCUGAAGAAAACCAGAUAUUACUCUGGAAAGAAAAGACAGUUUGGGCUGUUUUCAACCAAGGGGCCUGUCGUAUUUGUCAGUUUUCCAGACGGAAAAUGGUUUUGACGUUUGACAGAGCAGAUUGCUGCAGGUUGUCCCUGAAAUGUGUCUUUCUUUUUAAUUUUAGGUUCAGUAAGAGCAAUGCUUUUGUUCACCUAGGAAUUUUAAAUGACAAAUUACUGUGUCCAGUGGGCUAUAUUCCUACAGCAGCCAUGCUCCUGGUAUGUCAUGUGCAGGGUGGGAAACUCAAAUGUCAACAUCUUCUACUUUUAUAUUUCAGGUCCUUCAGCAUGUAAGUGUUGAGAUCUGACAAUUGAGUGAGGUUUAUUGCUUCCUGAUUGAAAAGCAACCACAAAGAUAAUGUAGAGUGAAAAUCCAAAGAGAGAUCAGCUGCUAGCCUGGUUGUUAUGUCUGGGUGCCCGAUGUAUGAGGCUGUUUCUGUGGAGUGGAUGGCCCAGGUUUGGAUCCAGCCUGUGGCUCCUUACCUGCGUGUCAUUCUCUCUCUCUCCCUCAGUUUCUGGCUUGAUCCACUGUCCAUGGAUCUAAAUAAAUAAAUAAAGGAAUGAAAUCUCCAAAUUGUAGAAAAAAAUAUCCUCAAAAACAUGUUUGAUUAGACCCAACAGAUGCGGUCAAAGUUACCUGCCUUGUCCUAGUUAACGUUAAUGUUUGGCUAUCAUGGACAGAAAAGAUAAAACAUGCAUUUAUCAACAACAUUGAUGUGCAUUUUGAAGGUAAUUGUUUAACUCUGAGGUAGAACUCAUUGGAUUUAUUUGCACUUACAAUUUAAUGUUAAUUUUGCAGGUCUGUAUUCAAGCUCCACCUCCCUGUUUUACUGUAGUACCUUUCUUUAAACUCUAACUUUGGCCAAGCUAAUGCCGUGUUAAAAUAAACUUUUUCAAAAAAAUGUCUUCUCAAAUGGUCAGCUUAUAAAACAGUCAUUAAACUUAGGUUAACUUAGGUUAAUGUUCUAGUUAGCUGGUAAUAUCAGUGGAGCUUGACAAUAGAGUAACAAUUUGUUGAAAGAGCAAAUACAUACAGAACGUUUCAUUUGAGGCUGAAAUAAAUAUGUAAUUCCUUUUUUUAUUUUACUCUGUGACAGCCUGAAUAGCCUUAAAUGGAGAAACAGAAGGCCCGUGAUGUGGCCCUCAGUGCCACUGCAGACAGAACCUGCUUUGAAUAACAGCACAUAUAGAGUCGAUUGAAAAGAGCAAAGACUUUUUAUGAAUAUGUGAAUAGAUUUUUGCUACAAAAUUAUUUAUUUUUACAUUUGGGAGAUGGGAGAAAAAGUUUGUGCCAAGAAGUCUUUGUCAUUAUUGUUUAGUGUAGGUCACAUGUAGAAAUUUUUUAUUUUAUAAUUUCUUUUUAGCCAUUCCUUUUGUCUUUAUAGGCCAAUAUUUUUAAGAUUCAAUAUUAACAUAAUUUGUAAAGCCCAGGUUGUUCUGAAAAAAGUAUGUUUAGAGCUUGACUGUGUGCCACAGGGUUGAUUUUUUUUUUUUUUUUACAAGCUUUUUAAGACAAUAAGUCCAGGAGAGAGAAAACAGUUUAAAGGUUAGUGCUCAGAGGGUUAAUCAUACACAUCUGUCCUGUCAAUCUGAUGAUUGUAAAAGCAUAAAUGUGGAUGAUGACAUGAUUGAAGCUAAGAUUAGCUUUGAUCUUGUGGGUGUAAUCAAACAAAAAACAUGUUUAAAGUCAUGUUAUAAGCACCAAACAUGCAGCCUUAGUCUGAUUUAAAUAGGAAUCUUUAAAAAAAUAUAUUAAUGAUUUUUCCUUAAUUGAUAUGAUUAUCAGAUGAAACUGUUCCUUGAACAUUCAAGUGACUGAUGCUCAAGUUACCUUCAGUCUGAUGGGUCUAAUCAAACAUGGUUUCCUACAUAAAAUAUGGUCUGAUCUCUUUCAGGAUUUUCAGUAUCUUGUGUGUUUGUCGCCACUUUCAAUCAGAAAGAACUAAAAUAAAAGCAAUGGCCCAAACGUUGAAGUUUAAAUGACAACCUGAAAUAUAACAUUUUUACAUAGUGAAAACAUUCGAGUUUCCAACCCUGAGCCUUAAAUAACAGGAACAUGGCCACCGUGGAAAUAUGGUUUCAUAAGCAACAUGUUUUUUUUUUUUUUUUUACCUUUCUUGUCAGAUCCACGUGGCUGUAAACUUUGUGUAAUACGCCCUGCCAGCUUCCCUGCUGUGCCCAUUACAGUAAAGUUAUCCCUUGCUUUGCUGUUUCAGAGAACUAAUGAGCCAUAAAUGAAAGGCACACUUCAGAGGAGCAGGUCCUCCUCUUGCCUUCGUAUGCAGGUGAAUGUGCUGACACAGCAGACUCAUUUAGAGCACCUAGAGUACAACGACUCUGGAUUGAAUCUAUUUAUGUAUGUCAGUGCGAGUAUUUAUUGUUAUGGAAGUGUGUGAUUGUAAACCAAGGGGCUUAUGAUUUGUGAGAAUAUUUUUUUUUAUGGAAGUAAAGGGGUGAAUUUCCUCUGACACAUCAGAAGUGACUUUCUGUCUUGGCUUUGGCACACACACCCAAAAAGAAACGUCAAAAAUGAUCCCAUCCUUCUCUUCUUUCCUUCCAGAGGUUUGAUCCUGUCCUUUCUAACUACGACAGCAGUCUGCAGUCACUUCUUAAUUCCAGUAAAGCUUGUUGCCAUCCAUCUUCUAUCGCUGUCUGUAUUUAGCUGUGGGCAGGUAGGCUGAACAAACAACCACAUAGCUGUGGUCAGGGCUGGGUCCUGCCUAGUUACCCCGGCUCAGAGCUCCCCUUGUUGGAAUGAAUGAAGGGUACAUGAUCCACCUACACUCAUCUCCACUGCAGGGGCUUGUUCAGCAAAUUUUGUCCAAGUUUAUGGUAAAUAAUGCAGAGGUUAGCUUAGGAAAAUACUUAUUAAUGGUACAAACUGCCAAAAUAUCUGUUUUAACAAACAUCUUCACACAGCCGAGGGUGAUUAAAGGGGAGCUCCGUCAAUUUAGAUCACAUCAAAGAUUUUAACAGUGCUUCAAUCACAGAGACGGCCUGUAAAGUGAACAUGAAAACAUAAUGGUUUAUGUUUUUAAAUCAUUGCAUUAAUAUGUGAGUUACCAAGCUGUAACAAUAAAUAAAACCUUAGUACGAGCUCUAUUUUGGACAUCAGUCAUUCUAAACUUGAACUUAUGUGCUCUAAGAUAUACGUUAUUUCAGACAAAACUAGUUUCUGCCAAAUCAAAUGUAAAAUUGUAUUAAUUUUGGAGCUUAUCAAACACUAAAUUAAGUUUUUUGAAAAUGUCCCUGUUCAAUGCAUGUAAAUGUUUCUACAUUCAACACCAUUCCCAUGCUGAAAUCAUGCUGAGGAUGACACACUCUUGCCAUUAGCUGUUGUUCUAUUAUACUUAGGGAUGGGGAUUGAUACCCGGGUCCACAAGGUCCCGGUUCUGUGUUUUUGAAAUAUCUGAAAAUCAUUAACAUUUCAGCUUAUCGAUACUGCUAUCAAGUCUCACAGGCUCUCUGACGUAACGUCAUUUUAAGAUAUAACUUGUAAAAACAUACAUCAGUUCUUUGAAGGGGAACAUAAACUAAAAGCAGAUCAAUAUUGUGCAUCACCAGGAUGUACCUUCAACUGUCAGCUUGAGGAAAAAAGAUGCCUGCAAAAACGCAUGCAAUCAUAUUCUCCUGCACUGGGAGUAACAUGCUCUCAUAUCCCUCUCUUAAGCUGCUUCUUCUUCAGCUGCUCAGAUAAAUGCUGAAAAGUGCUCCAAAACUUUAAGACAGUCCUGUUAGUUAAAAGUAUUAAUCCAGUGUAGAAAUUUGCAAUGGAAUUGUCAGAAUUAAAGUCAAUUAACGAACUUAAGCUGAAAGAUGGAAAAUAUGAUGUGUUCAGGUAACCUCAGUAAAUUAGAUGACUGUAUGCUAUAUGUUAUGAUAUGUUCAAAUGUCACAUAAAAAUGGGAAAAUUUAGUUUUUAACGAGAAACCU